AUGGAAUUUUCGCCAAUUCUUCCGCUGUUUAAAAUACAAGAAAAAAAAUUGAUUACAUUAAAACGAGCUAUCUUCCUCGGAUUUUUUUGUAUCCUUUUAACAUCGUUAAUCAUAAAUGCAUUGAAUUUUGGCUUUUUUUAUCUCGAAAAUUUCGAGUCUUCUUUAAUCAAAACACCACCAAACGAUAAUAGCAUUGAGAUAGUUUCUAAUGACUCUCAAUCACUCAUUCCCCAACCACCUCAUCCGGAACUUCGAGAUCUAGUGAUCGUUGCCGGGCACGCGAUCUUUAUAGGGAAUGAUUUUGAUAAAGUGAAUCUUGAAAACGGGUGGAUAUUAGAAGGGUUUCAGAAAGGAGGAGGCUUCGUAAAAAUAUUUCUAGAACACAUUAGAAAAGGAGUGGAAUUGGUAGUAGAUAAUAAAGAUGCGUUAUUAAUAUUUAGUGGAGGACAAACGAGGCCUUCUGCUGGUCCGAGAAGUGAGGCUCAAAGUUAUUGGGAAAUCGCACAAUCGCUUAAUAUGUUCCCAAAAGAAUAUUCGAGUGCAACCACCGAAGAAUAUGCUCGUGAUUCAUAUGAAAAUUUGGCAUUCUCUAUCUGUCGUUUUCGUGAAUUCACGGGACACUACCCAAGAAAUAUAACCGUCGUAGGAUUUAAAUUUAAAAAAAGAAGGUUUAUCGAGUUACAUCGAGCUGCUUUGAAGUUUCCAAUAGAAAGAUUUAACUAUGUGGGAAUUGAUCCCAAAGAUAAAAAACUAUUCGAUAAGGAUGACUUGUACGGAUGCCGUGGAAAACUCCAACAAAAAAAGCUACACAGAGAUCCAUUUAGGAGGAGGUAA